GUUCACCGUCAGAUGUCGCAAGUGUCGCGCGAUUUGACAGCCGUCGCGGGCCUUUCAAAAUUCGCCAUCGAUUUUCCCCCUUUCGGAUCAAAAAUUCCAAUGCUUCAAAUGAUUUUCCGAUACGUUAAAUUAACACUUUAAAAAUAUCGUUCGAAAUGACUUGCGCUCGAUGCGGUUGCGGCGUGUUCAAAGCCGAAGACCAGAUCAUUAUGAACAAAGUUUGGCACAAGUGCUGUUUCAGAUGCAGCAGAUGCAACAAAAUUCUCGAUAAAUGUUCCGCGAAGCUGUUCCAAGGCGAGAUAUUCUGCAAUUGCUGUCACGCCGUCGUCCUCGAGGAUUUUGAAACUUUACUCAGACCCUGCAGAGUGGUCUCAUCGCCCAGUUGCAUUUGCAUCAAUCGCGACUGCAAAAUUCCCCCUUUUAGCUACUCGAAAAAAUACGAUAUAUGCUACACCACCCCCACGGAGACCAGGAACAGCCUCAACAAGAACAUCCAGUCCUGCAGUUGCAUUCCCGAUGCGAAAAACAAGACCUACUGCUUCGCCUUUCCCAUGCCCAGAGAGGUCGCCAAUUAUUACAAUCGAUCAGGAAUGAGGAAGAAAAAUAGACAUCUUUCGCAGAAGCGCCAUUCGAACGACGAUAGUCGCAACGACGAUCAGAAAACCGGCGAUUUUCAACCGUCGAUUACGAUCAGAACCCUCACGCCCCCUAGGAAGCGAUGCUCCCCGGCCAGGACGAGAUGUUCGAGGGACGAUCGCAGCCCCUGCAACAGGGAAUGCAACCGACGGCAGCGUUGUUGUUGCACCAGAUGCUGCAACAAUUGUUGUUGCGACAGGCCGAAUAGAGAAGAGAAGGCCGUCUGUCGUUUGUGCUGCUGCUGCGCGCCCCCUACCGGCGAUGAUUCGAAGGCCUGUUGUUCGUGCAGGAAGUACCGGGAUUGUCGGUGUAACGAGUAUGAAGUUAAACCGCGAAUCGCGUCGCCUGUUAGAAGAUGCGGUUCCCCGCGCAAGCGAUCCCCCCAUUGUUGCCACCAUUGCACCCAACCGCCGGAUGCCAUCGAACCAUCGGAAUCCUUUCGACAUUCCCCGCGAUCCUACCAGCGAGGAUCCCAAUCCCAUUCCCAUUCCCAUCGUCCGGAAUCUCCGACGCGUUGCUUUCGCGACUUCGUCUGCUACAAAUGCCGCAAGGACGAUCCGUCCUGUUGCAGGACGACCUGCGAGGAUUGCUCGCGAUGCGAUCGCAACCGGCGGACGAAUUGUCGUCCUUGCGGCGAGCCGAAUCCUUGCGAUUGCAAGAUGGAUCGCGUCCGGUCCGAAUGCACGGCGGUGUGCGUGAGAUGCGGUUGUAAGGUGUACGCCGCCGAGAGGAUAUCCGUGACGAGCGGUUCGUAUCACACGAGUUGUUUCUCCUGCGUUUGUUGUAAUAAAUUGUUGGAUAUCAAGAAUGUUUAUGAAAACGGUGGAGAGAUCUAUUGCAAACAUUGUUACAACAAUUUACUGGGCAACUCGUAUUACGGGUACACGUGAAUCGAAACCAACAAUCGCGUGUCGAAUUUCUUAAUAAAAGUGCUUCUAAAGUCGAUAAUUGUCGAAAUUAUUUCGUAAGAAAUAUAGUAUAAAGCACGAGAGAAAAGCAUGUCGAGGGUAAAUGACGGCGUCUCUCUUUAGCGUCUGGAAGGAGGGACGUCUUCUCAUCUCUCUCUCUCUUUUGGUCCGGACUGAGCGUCGCCGACGUCGUCUUGUGACGUCACGCUGGCGUCUCGCAGCCACCAUCACUCACUACCAUAGGGACCUUUAUGUACAUUAAAUAUGGAUCAUUACAUUAGUACUAGUACAACAACUAUGGCUGUUCAGUCUAUUACAAUUAUUCUGUUCGUUGGGUUGUUUUUUUUUUUAUUUAUUUUUUCUUGUUCUUUUCGUUCGCGAAACGACGCAUCGCGACGCUCAAUGACGUACGCGUUUUAUUUUUUGCUUAUGUAACUUUGUAUAUAAAUGAGAUAAAUUAUUUUUUACGUGAGGAAAUUAGAUGAGUUGAGUGCAUCAUAAUUUUUUGUGUAAAGCAAAGUAAAAUUAAGCUGCUUUGUGCAAGCUUUAAUUCAUCUAAAGCGUACACAAAAAAAGUACAUGCAUUUUGUGGCCCAAAAAAUUAAUUUGUAAAAUAGUUUUUACGCCACUGGUAAAUUGCAUUCGUGCCGACCGUUUAGUUUACGAUUCGAAUGCAGUUUUUCGAUGUUUAGGAUAUACCAUAUUAAAUUUUGCAGAGUACAAUGGGAAUAACGGAGAGAUUCAUGGAUAAAAACGGGCCAUCGGGAAUGGAGGAAGAUAAGCUCGACAAUUUUUUUGUUUAAUUUUUUGUUUUCGAAUCGUCGACUCGAUUCGGAAAUUAUCAAAUUAUUAUCCGGCCAUAGCGAAACCUGUGAUGGCAAAUGAAAUAUAAUCGGUCGUUGUGCGCCAUUUUAAAAGAAAAUUAAUUCAUAUACAAAAACGGAAAUCGUUUUAUUCACGAUAUUUUUUGCCUAUCGUCUGGUUUAAAGUGGUUGUUGUGUUAGCGAAGCUCAAAAGGGAACGGUCAUAAACCGAGAGCGCAAUUCCAAAAAUUGAUUAAAUGUUGUGGAACAAUUUAUACGCCAAGAAUUGAAAUGCGUAUAAUAGCCCCGGACAGUAUUUAACUGUAAAAACCGAACACUCGUACCGACCAGUCAAUAUUUUCCACAAAAUGCUUUUGUCUUGUACUCUCUGUGAAUCCUUCGUUCCAUGGUGUAAUUCUAGUUGGCGAUUCCGAUCCUCGGGAAAUUGUUGUAGGACUAAAAAAUAUCUUUAUACUAACACACUAAACAUAUCCACAAUUUUCAUCCGGAUAUACUACAAUUUUUUACUUAUAAAAUUAUCUUAUUCUCACACAUGAUUCUUUGGACAAAUUGAACAAGAAAUGCAUCCAAUGUUUGGAUUAAUUCGAAGGAAACAAAUAUAUUUAGUGAAACAUUCGUUUCGUUUGAAAUAUUCGGCAAGAAGCCGUCAAACAAAAAGCAAUAAAAGUAAAAUGUAGAUGGUCUUAAAAAUGAUGGAUAAUAGCGAUGAAAGAAAAUAUUUUGUAAAGGGAAAUCCCCCGAAACUAAAACCGUAUUCAAAUUAGUUUUUACCAGUGCGUCCUGGUGAUUUAUCGUCGGGUAAUACAGAGUGUUUCUAUUUAUUUUUUAUUUUUUUUCAUCGAGAGUAUUUUUUGAUGGUAAUAAAGAAAUGCACGUGGUGUGGACUUUUAGGUAAAUUGUAUUCCCUCUUUUCAAUUAGGUCAUCCUAAGUGAUGUCGAACGAGCGGAAAAGUAAUCGCUUUUCCGGAUAAAUGUAUAAACAGUUUUAUGCGAUGCACUUGCAUGCGAAAUGCGCCCGGAUUUCUUUUGAUUUAUCCCAUGUUUUUUUUCAUUUAAUUUCUAUCAAUUUUUCUUCAAAUUCCAUCGAAAUUUGAGUUAAAGAAGCACCAACACAACAGUGUAUAUUUCUCGCAUUUCCUCCAGUAAUGAACCAUUUUAUCGGGAAUGGAAAAAGGCGAGGAGGAGGAGGAGGAGAAGAAGAAAAGAUUGAAAGUUGAAUUAAUUUCUAAGAGAUCAGACGUGCAACAUCUGCGAUACAGCGAUUCAUUGUUUACAAAUAGUUUUCUUGCAUUUUCGAUUAGGUGAAUAACGCGAAGCGAGAGGGGUCCGUUGAUGGAUUUUUAUUAGAAAGUUAUUUAUCAUUUAGACAAUAGGCUCGAGUAUGCGAUUCUCUGUUAAUUGCAAAGGGCAUUUACGAAAUACCAGUCAUUUUUGUUUUCAAUUUCGAACGAUCGAUAAUCGAGUGCAUUUUAAAAAUUUUCGUAUAUAGUAGAAAACAAAGUUGGAAUACUUACAAACAAAAAAAAUAAAAGGAAUCAAACCUUCAUAACUAACACGACUGGCUAAAACGCCGUCUGAAAAGAUCAUCCAGACAAACUCAUUUAGUGCCCUGGUAUUUUUCUCAUAUCCAUUUUUGCACAAUAUCUAUCUUGGAGUGCUGGUAUGUUGCCAAAAGCGGGUCAGCUCCGAGCAUAAAUUAUUGGUUACAAAUCUUUUAUAUAAAGAACUUACAAUAGUUACUGUAGUUUGUCGCCCCCGACCAGAAUGGGAGAAACUAGGGUUGGAGACUACGCCUCCAGUGGCGUAUCGAUCAUAAUUUCUGGCUAUUCGAUAUGUGCAAGGGUAUUGAGAGGAGAAAUAAAACGAAUUUUAUUCAGUUUUUUUUUUUUCAUUAUAUUUUUUUAUUAAUCGCAAUAUUUUUACAAUUUAUCAGGAACAUUUUGUUUGUUUCUCACGUUUUUAAUUUUAUUAAAAAUUGCGCAUCUUCUAAACCUAAUGAGCCAUUAUUUUAUCAAAUAAUUUAUAUUCUUCAUAUUGCAAAAGCUAAUUUCAUUUUAGUAUUUUUUUUUAUUGUACAUUAUUGCGAUUUCAAUAGAACUUAUCUUCGAGAAAUAUUCUUAUUCCAAAGAUAUAGCAUUUUAGUUCUUUUUUUAUAUGAGUAAUUGAUUGUAACUGGAUAUUCAAUUAAAAACAAAUCGAUUUCACAAAGUAAAGAAAGCACACAAAUAAAAUUUUAAUAAUUCUCCCUAUACUGAUUGUUAAAAUAUGGAAUUUAACGGAAUGCAGAUGUGCAAUUUUCCUUCAAACAUGAAUUAGCACAUCUACAUUAUGCACUAUUAUUAUUAUUAUUAUUAACUGUCAGUAUAGUGUGGAUCGAUGUAUUUUUUUUAUAUGGCUAAAAUUUUCCAUUUUAUUUACAAUUCAACGUUUAAAAUCUUUGUUUAAUAUUGCUAAAAGUUUCGCGAUAAAAUUUUAACCAUAUACAAUUUAUUUGACGUCUGAUUACAACUUCGAGGCGGGAUAAAUACAAUUGCGAACGGUAAUGUGCACAUUAAAAUUUACUAAUUAGAUUUUUUUUGUAAUUUAAAUUUAAAUUUAUUUAAUAAAAUCGUGAACAGAAAAACUAUUAUUAACUGAAAUGUGGACUUGUAAAUGUAGUGGUCCCAAUAUUUCGAUUAUACAGAUAGAUUAGAUAAUAUUUAAUAAUUUUUUUUAUGUAGAUGGGACGUUUUUUAGGAAAUAUUUUAAUUGAUUUUUUUAUUAUUUCAAAAAAUAUGAUUAAAUUUUGAGAUCAGUGUGGUUAAAAUAAUUGGUUGAAAAAAUCUGAUUAGUAAAUUUGAAUUUUCCAUAUCGGUAUUUUGAGUAAAAGCUAUAAUAUGUAUUUUUAUAAGUAGGAGUAUUAGGAAAUAAUCGACUAGUAUAGAUUACUUACAAGAUAUUGGUAUAAACAGCAUUCUUCAUGCUAAUAUAAAAUGCGCUUUUCAUAUAUAAAAAAAUCUAACGCUAAAUUUUUGAUUUGAUUGUAUAUUUACAAAAUAAUUCGCAAAUGAUCAACGCCCAUUUAUAUUGCCAUGAAAAAUUCUGCAUUUUCAAUCGUUCUUUAUUUUUUUAUUACAUACAAUUUUUUUUUGUAAUAUAUUAUUGUCAUUUUAAUUUUUAUGUUAUUUUUUUUAUUCGAUAUUAUUUAAACAAGGCAGUGAAAACAACACUUAAGUACAAAAAAACGUGUCAACUAAAAAUUAUUCAACUGGUACAUUUUUAAUUGCUAUACAUCAUUAUAAAAUCACAGAAAUUGGUAAAAAACUUUUAAUUACCGACGGAAUACGCAAGUAUAAAAAUGCCUCAAAUAUAAAUAAUUAAAACUAAAAACGGGGGCAAAGGGAGGGAAUAUUUAUAUUCAAUACAAGAGUUAACAAACUGUCGCGUGAGAAUUAUUCCAAAUUCAAAUUACAUUUAGAAAAUACGUUCGAUGCAUUUUUCACAAAUCCGACUCAAUUAAAAUAUGAAAAAAAAAAAAAUAAAUUCGAGAUAAUUUAGCCACGAAACAAAUCAUAUUUUAACUGAUUCAAAAGUACCAAUACUCAUUCUAAAACGAUAUGAAUAAAUAGGCUUCGAUGUAAUUCAAAUCGCUAUACGAGGGUUGAUGGGAGAUUUCUCGGUUUCCCUUUAUCCAAAUAGAUUGCAAUUUUUCCAUUGCACAAGGAGAUACAUCAUCAGGACAGAGUUUUCCUAUUCGGAUACCUUUCACUGUAUAACGUUGGCACCGGACCAAUAAUUCCAAAUGGAAACAACGGGAAAAAUUCGAAACCGAAUUUCCAACUGGCCCCGGCAAUUUAUUUAAGUAAAUAAAUGCGCUCGCUCAUUAAAAAAAAUUCUAAAUUCGCCCGACAGCGAAUUCUCCUGCGAUAUUUCAUUGGGAACUUUUUGUUGUACACCCGUAUGAAGAGCUUAAAUUAAGUAAAAUACCGAAUAGUUUUUAGAGCUUUUCUAGUCGUUCCAUCUGCCGAAAAUGCCGUUUCUAAUCGAAUGAAAAAAUUAAUAGGAUAUAUUGGAUAAAAAUAUCGGAACGUUAAGGAAGACGCGGGGCUUUCAGGAAGCCAUUAAUAUGUCAAAAGACGUUGCGGGGAUAAUUCGGAUUUUGUGAUGAAGUAUUCGAGAUAUUAUUCGUAAAACUGAGUUUUAAUAAUGCAAAAUUUUUGUAUUUUUUUUUGUUGUUGUCGAAUUAAUUAAAGUUCGAAAUGUGCAAAAGAUUUGGAGAAAGGAAACUUAAUCUCAUAUCAACCUCACUAUGUUAAUAAUUCCAUUAGAAAUUUCAUCAAGAUUUCUUCUCGUUUAAGUCGAUAAAGCUUUGAUACUCUCGGCUAUUUAUAAAUAUUGAAAAAGUUAAAGCUUACAACAGCUUCGAAAAAUGUAUAUUUUCAAUAUCAAGAGAGAUAUAUUUACUGCUUUACAGUCUAAGUCUAAAUAAUUUAAUUUUUUUUAUUUAUAAUAUAAUUUUUUAUUAAAUAUUAAGAUAUUCGAAUGCGUUUGAAUUAAAUUAACAAGACGUUCGUCGAAAAUACCGUUUAUUUUUUAAAUCCUGAAAUAUUCAGGCUACAUACAAUAUCUAUUAAGGCGAAAUAUAAAAAUAAUUCAUUUUCUAGUUUACAUCCAAAAUGAUGAAUAACGUGUGUGUGUGUGUGUUUUAUUAUUUUGUUCUAACCGAAUUUAGAUGUAAAAAUUAAAUAAAUUUGUACAAGACUUUUAAAAUAAUUAUACCAAAAAAAAUCGAUUAUAGUCGGGAUAUAAAAUGAAAUAUUUAUUCGAAUAAUGCGCAAAAUGAACACAUAAAUUUUUAGUAGGUAUAUUCAUCAUUCUUUAAUUCGUUUAUCUUCACCUUUAUAUUGCAAACAAUUUCAACAAUUUAUUUUUAUUUUAAAUAGUAAUAAUACUGUGUCAGUCCUCUCUUCUUUGCUUAAUUUUAUUAUAGCAUAACGAAAUGGUAACGAGACAAUAUUAAAUAUUCUUCAAAACAGAAAGUUUUAGGAAAGGAAAUAAUUGAGUAAAAAAAUCUCAGAAAAUUCAGUAUACAGUUAAAUUUUUUAAUUCAACAAUUCCCUUAACUACACCAUUCGUCUUAGGUUUGCACGUACUCGAAGAUGCUUGGUAAUUGGUAAAAACAAACAGUUGAUUAAUAAAUACUUGGAUUAUUCUAAAAACCGGUAAACAAUUUUAUCAUAUAAAGUCGUUAAAAAUUUAAUGCUAAUGACCGUUAGAAAUUCAUUAUUCUUUUAACUAUCUAUCCGAACACCAAACAUUUCUUCUGAUAUAGGAUUUAGCCGCAUCCAUCGAGACUCCCCCCUUUUUUUACCUCUAAUCACCAAAAUAACGAUCGUGGAAUUCCUUCGAAUCAGUCGAACGACAAGCAAACAACCAAGUCCCCAUGUAUUUAUAUAACAACAUACACCACACCAUACAAACAACAUGCGCUCGUUUCGCUUCAAAAAAUUCCAAAAAUCUCCCCCAAAUUCCAAUAAAUUUUUAUCCCGAUUCACGGACACCCGCACUCGUCCACCACCAUCUUCGGCAAGUCCCUUUUGAUUAUGGUCGAGUCCGGCCCGUAAUAGAUCAAACUCAUGCUAGAGAACUUUAGCGGAGCGCAACACGGCGUCAUACCUGACAGAUGCUGCGUCUUGCGCACCUCUUCUAUCACAUGGGUGUGAUAGGUCACGUAGGUGUCGGGCGUGCGAUGGUGGCUGCAAUCACCUCGGCAGUAAUUC